GAAGAUGAAAUCUGAAUCAUCACUUUGAAGCCUAGCUUUGACUUAGGAGCUACACAGCGCCAUCUCGGAACUAAAGAUAUGUGGUCUCAAAUUUCUGGGCGGACAAAGGAAUGUGUACUCAUCGAUCGAUUAUUUCUGUCUGGCCGGAGACUUAUCAGGGGAGGACACCACCAGGAAAAGGAGGUGAGUUGUAAGAGGACGCUGAAUUGUCGGAGGGCGCUCUAGGUCGGCUGGUGUGACUCUAAACGGGCUGAAGUUUCAGUUAUGUUCACACCCGCGGUGAUGCGAGCGUUGCGUAAGAACAAGACCCUUCGCUACGGAGUCCCUAUGUUGUUGCUGGUUGUUGGAGGUUCCUUUGGUCUCCGUGAGUUCUCACAAAUCCGAUAUGAUGCUGUGAAGAUUAAAGUUGAUCCUGAAUUGGAAAAAAAGCUGAAAAUGAACAAAAUAUCUUUAGAGUCAGAAUAUGAGAAAAUAAAAGACUCUACUUUUGAAGACUGGAAGAAUAUUCGCGGCCCAAGGCCUUGGGAAGAUCCUGAUCUCCUUCAAGGACGAAAUCCAGAAAUCCUUAAGACUAAGACAACCUGACUAUGCUCAUUCUUUUUUUUAAAAAAAAUGUUAAUCAACAGGACGUAUUGGUCCAGGACAUACUGGACAUAAAAUUCUACUUCUGUGGAAAGUUGGUAGAUAGAUAGAUGAUAAACUAGAUUUGAUAGAUGAUAAACUUGAUUUUAAAAAGUCAAGUAUACAGUUUUUCUUUUUCCCAGAUAGUCCACUUACAAAUGAAAGUAACAGUAUUGACAACAUAAAAAGAAUUUCAACAAAAUUGUGUGUACUGUUAUCAAAGUAUGUUGCAUUUCAUGUCCAUUAGUGCAACAUUUUGCUACCUCAUGCUUAUUUCUAAUGAAAAUAGUAGAUUUACAUUCAAAUUCUCACAGUAAAAUUGAGCAGUGAUUUCAUGCUAAACUUAUGUAGGAAAGUAAUCCUGAUCACCUAAUCUUGAUAUUAUUUGUAAUAAAUCAUAGUAUGCUAUCCAGUCUCUAAAGCAUUAGUUGAUGAGUGUGUUGACACCAUGUGUACGUAUGUCAUCAAUUUUAAGGGAGUAAUAUUAAUAUUCUCUGUUAAACAAAAAAUGUUAAAGAAAUUAUAUAGUUCCCUGUUAAGCUAAAAAUAAUGAAGUAAUACCUGACUGUAAGCGGAUAUAGCAAAUUGUUAAGGUAAUUCAGAGAUAACUGUUAUUUGGUAAAACCUUAUUUAAGAUGUGCUUUAUACCUUAGCAUAGGUUGCAUAAAAAUUUAUUCUAGCUUUUUGUUUGAUUGGUUGGUUUUGGUUUUUAAUUUUAGGUUUGCCAUAACUGAUCCCUAGUAAAAGAAAGACAGUU